ACUUCUUUACAAGAUCAAAAACACUUAACGGUAAAUUGCUUGCCUUUCAAGGAAAUAUGGCUUAUGAUACAAAUGAUGUAUUUUAGGUCACACAGCAUUAAAAAAUCAAAUGUACAUCAAAUUUUCAGAAUAUUUGUAUGAGCCGGUACAAACAAAGUGGAGACUUCUACCACACUUACUGCAGAGAGAAGAACGGCAGCGCGAAAGCUCUAGCCGCUGCCAUUGACUUGGGCGUCUGCGACAUGCACUACCAAGACGAGCAGGGCCGGACGCUGCUCCACGUGGCCGCGGAGCAGAACGACCGAAUCAAAAUCCGGGUUCUGCUGAAGCGCGGCGCCCUGCCAACCGCCCGCACCCACGACGGCAAGACGCCCUCGGACCUCGCCCGGGAGAAAGGCCACCUGGAGGCUGCAGAGACGAUUGCAGACAAGAUCAGAGUUGAAGAAAUGGGUCACAAAAAGAACAUGCUUUAUACUCACCUUUUGAAUCAAAUAACUGCAAUGGCAAAAGCUAACUUACAAGGAGAUAAUGAGGAACAGGCAGCCCGUCUGGCAGCCGUGAAGGAGGCUUCCUCACUGCUGGCUUCCGGUGCCCCUUUGGAGCCUCCGGGAGGCCACUCCUGCUACCCGCUGCACCAUGCCAUCACAGCUAACUGCACUUCUCUGCUGCCGCUACUGCUGGCUGCUGGAGCGCCGUUGACGUCGUCUGCUGACAGUUUUGGCCCAGUGCAGAUGGCAUGGAUGACCCCGGAUGCCACACCUUGGGUCGGCGUUGUCGUAACAAGGGCUGCAAUACAUAAGAUCCAGAUGGAAAUGAAGCUCCUGGAUCCAGAACUUCAGAUUUUAGCAGAAACUUUAGUGAAGUCGUUGGAGGGAGAUACACCUUGGGCUGCAAAGAUCAGCGUCAUCGGAGACUCUUCAAGCACACUAGACAGUCUUUUGUUCCGAGCCUGUGCCAGUGGAGCAACCACGCUUGCCUGGUGGAUCUGGCACAGCGGAGGCAGUGCUGUGUCCCAGGACAAGAACGAGGAAACGCCCCUGCACGCCGCCCUUGACGCAGAGCAUCUUGGCACAGCGACUGCCCUCGUGCCUCCACAUGGGGGCGAACCUCUUCCUGCCGGACAAAAACGGACGUGCUCCUUUCGAUCUAAUACCAGAUGAUGCCACCAGAGAGCACCUUCUUAAGGCUUCUUUGGCGAGAGAAUGUCGGCGUUUGGCUGAUGAAUCAGAGAAGGCCCGAGAACCAAUACAGAGAGAGGAAGCAAAGACGUUUGUUGUACUUCUCCUUUCACUGUA